AAUAAUAAUCUUCAUCUUCAUAUAUGGAAUUCGAUGCUGCAAUUCCCAUGUCCCGUGAAGGCAUCCCUCAAGAUGCAAUGUGGCAAAUGAACUUGAGGUCGAGUGAAACGAUGGAACCUGGACCUUAUCCUGAGCAUCCAGGAGAACCAGAUUGUUCAUAUUACAUCAGAACAGGACUCUGUAGAUUCGGAGCAACAUGUCGAUUUAACCAUCCUCCUAACAGGAAACUGGCUAUUGCCGCUGCACGGAUGAAAGGAGAGUUCCCAGAAAGGAUAGGGCAGCCAGAAUGUCAGUAUUAUCUGAAGACAGGAACUUGCAAAUUCGGAGCCACAUGCAAGUUUCAUCAUCCUAGAGACAAGGCCGGGAUUGCUGGAAGAGUUGCUUUAAAUAUUUUAGGCUAUCCACUCCGCCCGAAUGAGGCGGAAUGUGCUUACUAUUUAAGAACCGGACAGUGCAAAUUUGGGAACACUUGCAAAUUCCAUCAUCCUCAACCAAGUAAUAUGGUGCUUUCAAUGCGCAGUUCUCCUGUUUACCCCACCGUUCAUUCUCCAACAACGCCAGCGGGAGUGGUUUCGGUACCUGGCUGGGGUGCAUACAAUGGUCAAAUGGGAUCAGACAGUACACAACAAUCAGUUGGAAAUGGUCAAACAUAUGCAUCCUCUCGUCAAGGCGAAUCGGCAAAUGCAGGAUCCCAAGGAGCAUAUUCUCAAUACCGUUCUGGAUCAGUUCCUGUAGGUUUCUAUGCAUUGCAGAGGGAGAACAUAUUUCCUGAAAGACCUGGCCAGCCUGAAUGCCAGUUCUACAUGAAGACCGGAGAUUGUAAGUUCGGUGCAGUCUGUCGUUUCCAUCAUCCGCGUGAGAGGCUGAUUCCUGCUCCUGAUUGUCUUUUGAGUCCAAUUGGCCUUCCUUUACGUCCGGGAGAGCCAUUGUGUGUCUUUUACUCGCGAUAUGGUAUAUGCAAAUUCGGCCCGAGUUGCAAGUUUGACCACCCCAUGGGAAUCUUUGCCUAUAAUAUGUCUACAUCACCCUCAGCUGAUGCUUCAGGACGACGAAUGUUGGGUUCUUCAUCAGGAACCGCCGCAUUAAAUUUAUCACCAGAAGGACUUGUUGAGUCAGGCUCUGCGAAGCCAAGGAGGCUUUCAUUGUCGGAGACUAGACAACUUCCUUCCAGUGAUGAUAACAUUGAUGAUGAGGGAUAAUGAUGUCUCUUGGAAAUGCAUCAUCUGCCUUUUACGAUUUUUUUCAGGGGAGAAAAGGGUAAUCUGUAAAUCGAUUUUCCCGUUGCUGGAGAUGUACAGAGUUCAUGUUAAGCUGAUUCUGCCAACCUGCUAUUGACCGCGGUUACCGGAUUCAGUUUUUCUGGAAUUUCAUGCUGCCAGAUUGUAUAAAUUUCACAAAAUACUUGUCACAUUUGGUUCAAAACCUGAUGUGAACAUUUCUUCUGUCCUUAAAACUGGUUUAUCUAUUUAACAUUUUGCCAAUAUGUAAAAAAUGUUUCUGGAAAUCUAUAAUAAUCAGGAAUUUGGCUCCUGGCUGAAUCUUUGUUUCA